AUGUCAGAUAAAACCCCACCGAGAACGCCGCGUACACCUCCAGCCCAAAGGGGACUGGGCAUGCAACACUCCGAAUCCUUAAACCAACCGGAGAACAUCGGUGGCAAGUCACUUCUCUCCCCUAGUUCACGGUUUAUUAGGAGACGAAGUUCAAUUGACUUCAUAAACAACAGCAUGACAGUUCCUAAAACACCUGAUUUACGGAGUGGAACUGAUCAAUUUGAAGGAACUCCACUGAAGUCUCCCAGUUUCUCUCCAACUAAGAGACGUAGUACAGAUUUUUACCAGUUACUGAGAACCCCUGAGAGGCCUGGACAAUCAACUCAACAGAAUAGUGGAGAAGGUCAAGGAUUAGGAGUUAGAGAAGAUGAAUUUUUAUUUCAUGACCAUUUCAAGUCACCGAAGAAGACCAGCCAUAGAGUCACUAAGAAGAAAGAUGAACUGAAAGAGAUAUCAUCCAAUCUACGCACGCGGCUUAAUUAUGCGUUUCAUAAAGUUCAACAGAACGAUCUAGAUACGUUUCGUGAUUUCUACAAGUCUAAUUCACAAUCAUUACCAACUCCACUGAGUUCUGCAGUUUCUACCAGCACAGGUAGUUUGAGACCUCUCCCCAAGUCACAGUCACAUCCAGAUAAAUCCAGGAAGCCCUCACUUAAUGAAAUUGCUUCCAACAAACUGCGGGCUAAUAGUACAUCUGGUGAACCAUCACAACGAAGGCCUCUGGCUGUUCAUCCCCAAUCUGAACAAGAUGCUAUUAUGUCUCUGAUGAGCCUAGCAUCACCCGUUAAGAAGUCAUCAUCGUCUUCCUUCUACUACGAAAAUGCAAUUACAGAUGUUGAAGACAAUGAUGAUCAGGAUGACGAGAAAGUGGAUACGACCCCUAUUAACAUUGCUAACAUUCGGAGUAGCUUUGGUGGUCGAAUCUCAAGAAACACCGAGAAUACUGAUGACGCUACAGAUGAAGAAGAACUAGAUGCCGGUGAACGGUGA